CCCCGGAAGCACCAGCGAGCGCUUCCUGCCCGGCGCAGAGCGGCGGCCGGAAGGGGCCGCUCAUUGUUGGCGCUGGAGGACCCGCGAGGAGGCCGCGAGCGGUGUCCUGAGCCCCGCGGCGGUGGCUGCGGAAGAUGCCGGACCGCGACGGCUGUGUCGGCGGCGGCGGCGGAGGCGGCGGGGGAGGGGGCGAUGAAGUGGGUUCCAACGCCGACGACAUCUGUCGCGAUUUCCUACGCAACGUGUGCAAGAGGGGAAAACGCUGCCGCUUCCGUCACCCCGACAUCAGCGAGGUCACCAACCUGGGCGUGCGCAAGAACGAGUUCAUCUUCUGCCACGACUUCCAGAACAAGGAGUGCGUCCGCCUCAACUGCCGCUUCAUCCACGGCACCAAGGAGGACGAGGACUGCUACAAGAAAACCGGCGAGCUCCCGCCGCGCCUCCGCCAGAAGGUGGCAGCCGGGUUAGGUCUGUCCCCGGCUGACUUGCCCAACAGCAAGGAGGAGGUGCCCAUCUGCAGGGACUUCUUGAAAGGGGAUUGUCAAAGGGGAGCCAAGUGUAAGUUCCAGCACCUGCAGAGGGACUAUGAGUACGAGGCUCGGGGGGGAAUGGCCGCCCGGGAGCAGGGGCUCGGCCCCGCCGGCCGCCGCUACGAGCCCUACGACGGCAUCUACGAGGCCGAGAGAUACGACGAGCACGAGCCGGUGCUGAAGAGGAGGAGGGGGGUGGGGGGCGGGGUUGGAGGGGGCGGAGGGGGAGGGGGCGGGGGAGGGGUAGGGGACGGGCUGCACUUUGAAACCUACGAGUACGGCGGCUUCGGCGGCGCCCGGAGCGUGGAGUAUCGGCUGCUGGAGGAGGAGAACGUCCUGCUGAGGAAACGAGUGGAGGAUCUGAAGAAACAAGUCAACAACCUUUUAGCCACCAACGAGGUGCUGCUGGAACAAAACGCCCAGUUCCGUAAUCAGGCCAAAGUGAUGACUCUGAGCUCCAGCGCCACGGCCACGGAGCAGACUCUGGCCCCCAGCGUGGGCACCGUCACCAAUUACAACCACAGCAUCGCCCAGACUCACACCACGCUCAGCAGCCAGGCCCUGCAGCCGCGGCCCGUCACCCAGCAGGAGCUGGUGGCACCCGCCGGCGCCCAGGCGGCUCCUCCGGCCAACGCCGCUCCCCCCAUGAACCCCGAGAUCACCCCUCUGUCGGCGGCCCUGGCUCAGACCAUCGCCCAGGGCAUGGCUCCCCCCGUGUCCAUGGCGCCCGUGGCCGUGUCCGUGGCGCCCGUGGCCGUGUCCAUGGCGCAGCCGCUCGGGGGCAUCACCAUGAGCCACGCCACCACGCCCAUGGUCACCUACCCCAUCGCUUCCCAGAGCAUGAGGAUAACGGCCAUUCCCCACUGACCCCGCCCCCACGCCGGGGCAUGGACGCUGCGGCGACCCCCCUGCACGGCCCCGGACUGAGCCCACGGGGGGCUGCGGGACGAGGAGGAGGAGGAGGAGGGGGGUCGGCCCUGCCCUGCCCUUCCUCCCGCACACGGUGCUGAACGCGGGGCACGAGGAGGAUGAAGAGGAAGGUCAGGAUUAACUCCCCCCGUGGACUGGCGGUGGGGGGGGGGGGGGGUGAGGGUCGUGCCCCCCCCCAAGGGCUUCGUGGCUCCCGCGGAGCCCCCCCCGGUGUGAGGGUGUUUGGGGGCGUCGGGGCUGAUCCCCCCGGAGCCCCGCUCACGGACACAGCUGCUCCCCGGGCUCGGUGUCCCGGGGGCGGCCCCUCGCGGGGGCCCUGUAACGUUUGGAGCUAUUAAAGCGCCCCCAGCA